GCUCGACUCCUCCUCACAGACAAAAUGAUCUCGAAGUUGCUGUUGUGUGCAGCUGCUGCCGUCGCGGCAUCACAAGCUGCAAAGCUCCCAUCUAGAACUUACGGGACUCCAGGUGCAGGCGCAUCUGGAGGAAGUGGAGGGUUCGGUACCAGCGGAGGAUUCGGAAGUGGAGGAUUCGGAGGAGGAGCUCCUGGAGGAGGAAGUGGAUUCGGUGGGGCAGGCGGUGGAGGAUUCGGAGGAGGAGCUGCUGGCUCGGGUAGUGGAGGUUUCGGUGGUGGGGCCGUCAGUGGAGGAAGUGGAUUCGGAGCAGGUAGUGGAGGAUUUGGAAGUGGAGCUACUGGUGGAGGAUUUAGCGGGUCAUUAGGAUCUGGUGCCUUCGGAGGAUCUUCGGGCCCUGUCGUUCCCAUAAUUUCGGACAACCGGGAAGGACCCGAUGAGUUCGGAAACUACAACUUCAACUUCGAAACUGGAGACGGCAUCACGCGCCAGGAGGUGGGGGCCCCGCAGGGACCGGCCGGCGCUGUGGCCUCUCAAGGAGCGUGGGCAUUCACUUUCCCAUGGACCCCAGCCGAAUUUAGCUUCGAAGCUGACGAAAAUGGUUACCGCUCGUGUCCGACCUGCUGCCCACGCCCCCCCCUCCCCGCCACGCCAUCGCCGACAGAGGCUCGUCGAGGCCCGCGCUGCCUCGCUUCUGUGGCGUUCAUGCCAACACAGAAAUUACCUACUCAUGAUGUUUUUCUUGAUUUUGAUUGGGAUGUGUGGGCUUCUGCCAUUAACCUUUAUGGUUGA